AUGUUAAGAAGUAGUACAACGCUAAAGAGUUGUCGUUAUAAUCAACUUCACAGAUUUUUUUCCAAGGCAGCAACUGAUGCUUCUGUUCUUAGAAAAUAUCCCAUUGGAUUAACAGUUCAUGGAUUUGAAAUCAAACAAGUUCAACCAAUUCCUGAAUAUUCUAUAGUGGCUGUUAAUCUUAAACAUCAAAAAAGUGGUUCUGAACAUUUACAUGUAGAUGCUACCAAUGAUAAUAAUAAUGUAUUUCUGAUUGCUUUUAAAACUAAUCCACCUGAUCAUACCGGUGUUCCUCAUAUUUUAGAACAUACAACAUUAUGUGGGUCUGAAAAGUAUCCAGUUAGAGAUCCAUUUUUUAAAAUGACUAAUAGAUCUUUGAGUAAUUUUAUGAAUGCUAUGACUGGUCAUGAUUAUACUUACUAUCCAUUUGCCACUACAAAUGCAAAGGAUUAUGAAAAUUUGAUGGAUGUUUAUCUUUCUUCAGUAUUUGAACCACAACUUAAUUAUAACGAUUUUCUUCAAGAAGGUUGGAGAUUGGAAAAUGAAGAUGUUAAUGAUAUUGAUAGUAAGAUUACUUUUAAAGGAGUUGUCUAUAAUGAAAUGAAGGGUCAAUAUUCAAGUUCUGAAUAUUAUUUUUAUAUAAAGUAUAUGGAAUCAAUUUAUCCAUCAUUAAAUAAUUCUGGUGGUGAUCCAAUUAGUAUUACAAAAUUAUCAUAUGAAGAUCUUUUAGAAUUUCACAGUAAGAAUUAUCAUCCUUCCAACUCAAAAACUUUCACUUAUGGUAAUUUACCUUUGGAUAAACAUUUACUUACAUUAAAUCAAUAUUUUACUAGAUUUGGCAUUAGAAAACCAACUGUUGACGUCAAAUAUCCUAUAUUUGAGAAAACUCCAACCCAAACAACUUUUGAAACAACAUUACCUGGUCCAGUUGAUUUAACAAGCGGUAAGGACAUUUCUUCACAGUAUCAAGCUUCAGUGACAUGGAGAGUAGGUAAUCCUUUAGGAAAAGAUAUGCCAUAUGUCAAUUUCAAAUGGGCUAUUCUUAGAGCAUUAUUGUUUGAUGGACAUAAUUCUCCAUUUUAUCAAGAAUUGAUUGAAAGUGGAUUCGCUGAGGAUUUUUCUCCAAAUUCUGGUCUCGACGCAACCACUGCUUUACUUUCAUUCACAGUUGGUCUUAAUUUCUUAACUAAAGAAAGAGUCCAACAAUUAGAAUCAAAAGUUUUGGAAAUUUUGAAUAAAAAGGUAAUUCCUGAAUUAGAGAACCCUCAGAGUAAUUAUAAUGAUAGAAUUAAAGCUAUUGUUCAUCAAGUUGAAUUAUCCUUCAAGGAACAUAAGCCUAAUUUUGGAUUUGGAUUAUUAAAUUCAAUAGUGCCCACUUGGCUAAAUGGAGCAGACGCAGUUAAACAAUUACAAAUUGAAACUAUUUUGAACCAAUUCAAACAAGAUUUCGCCAAAGAUGGAUUAAAAAUUUUUAAACACUUACUUGAAGAAACUUUGUUAAAUCCACUGACUCAGAGAUUUAAAUUCACAAUGGUACCAAAUGAAAAUUUCUCCAAAGAAUUAGUUGCGGAAGAAGCGAAUCGAUUACAAACACAAGUUGAUAAAUUAUCUCCAGAAGAUAAAGAAAACAUCUAUAAACGUAAUCUCGACUUGGCUAAAGCGCAAGCAGAAGAACAAAAUGAGGAUGUUUUACCGACAUUAACCAUGGACGAUAUUCCCCCAGGUGAACAAUUUCCAUUGAACCAUACAAAAGUAAACAACAAGAUCUUGCAUGAAAGAAUCGUCGAUACCAAUGGAUUGGUGUAUGCCUAUGCAUUAAAGAGUCUUGGAAAUUUACCUAUUGAAAUGCAUAAAUAUCUUCCAUUAUUCUGUAGUUGUUUGACAAAUCUUGCUGGUACCACCAAAACUUCAAUCACUGAUCUCGAGACUCAGAUCCAAAUGCGUACCGGAGGUAUUUCAUUCGAUUAUAGCAUUUCCCUGAAUCCUUAUGAUAUCUCUGAUGUGGGAUUAAACUUUUAUGCCAGUGGAGUCGCGUUAAAAGAAAAUGCACAACAUAUCUAUAAUUUAUGGUAUGAAAUCUUGUCUGGAACUAAGUUUGAUGUUGAUGAUGAAGUUGUUUUGGAUAAAUUAUUCACUUUAAUCACAAAGAUGGGACUGAACCAAAUUAGUAAUAUUUCUGAUAGGGGUCAUUCAUAUGCUAUGCGUGCAAGUUGCGCCAAAUUGACUCCCGGGGGUUACAUUGGCGAUGUAACUAGUGGAAUUGGCCAGGUAGAAUUUAUUAUGGAGAUGAAUUCCAAGCUUGGAUCCUUAGGGAAAGACUAUUUGAAAAGUGAAAUAUUACCGGUAUUGAAAAAGAUUCAAGAAUAUUUAUUAAAGAAUGAUGGUGAAUUUAGAUAUAGAUUAGUAGGUGAUGAUGAGAUUAUUAAAGAGAAUGAAAAAUUGCUUGAAUCAUUUGAUGAAAAAAUUUCAUCGUCAGGAAAAGGUAUGAAGAGCUUAAUAACUAAUUCAUUAGCAAAACUUUCUUUUGGUAGUACCGACCAAGACAAGGAAGGAUUACAGCGUUUGUUAGCUACGAUGAAUUCAGCACCCAUUAAAGAUGGAAAAACAUUGCUCAAUCUUCCAUUCCAAGUCGGACACGCAUCUUUAUCUAAACGUGGUGCUUCUUAUGAUUCCAGGGACGGUGCCGCGUUACAAGUAUUAUCCCAACUAUAUACUUUCAAACACCUUCAUUCCAAAAUCAGAGAAUCUAACGGUGCGUACGGUGGUGGGUUGACAUAUGAUGGAUUAGGAGGGAUUUUGAGUUAUUAUUCAUACAGAGAUCCAAACCCAGUGAAAUCAAUUGACACCUUUGUGGAAUCGUUCCCAUAUGGAUGUCAAACCAAUUGGGGAGAUAAGGAUUUGCAAGAAGCUAAGUUACGAAUUUUCCAGAGUUUGGAUGCACCAAUUAAGAUUUCAAGUCAAGGAGCUGGUGAAUUUUUUCAAGGAAUUUCGGAUGAAUUAAGACAAAAGAGAAGAGAGAACUUGUUGAAUGUUACUAGCAAGGAUCUACAUGAAGUUACUCGAAAGUACUUGAUUGAUAAUCCUACGAAUGUAUCUACUGUGCUUGGUGACAAUGAGAUUCUUAAGGUAGGCAAAGACUGGGAGGUUAAAACUUUGAACUCGAAUUUGUCAUAG